AAAUUAAUAUAAAGUAUUAAUACAUUACUAUUACUGUACUUACAUAUAGUAGUUAUUAUAUUAUAGCUAUUACUGUAUUAUAGUUAACAUUACUAUUAGUUUUUCUUUUUUUUGGUCACAUUUUUUUUUCGGUCAGUCUAUCUAUAUAACUGUGUGUUUGUCCGCCGCCACCGCCGCCGUAGCCGCCGAUAUUAAUCAUAAGCACCCGAUAUAAUAAUAAUAAAUGGUGGACAACAAUCCCAACAUGUGGAAGCCAUUGAUGGCCACCAACACGUUUGCUGUCGGCGGCUAUGACCUGAUUGGCGACGACUACGAUGUUUUUGAUUUUCCAUCCAUUUUAGGCUUAUCGCCGCCUAUAAUAGGUUGGCCGCCAACUGAUGAAGAGUUUUUGCCGCCGCCAAUACAGGUAUCAACGCGACCACCGCAACCACCGCCGACGAUCCAGACACCGGUGCCGACACCAAUGCAUAUACCGGUGCCGACACCGAUGGAUAGACCGAUGGAUAGACCGAUGGAUAGACCGAUGGAUAGACCGAUGGAUAGACCGAUGGAUAGACCGAUGGAUAGACCGAUGGAGACAUCGGUGCCGACACCGAUGGAUAGACCGAUGGAGACAUCGGUGCCGACACCGGAACCGACACCGGAUCCGACACCGAUUGAUAUACUACUGGAUCAACUGAUGAAAUCGCCGAAUCAGAAACUGAUGGACACAUUGAUGAUGCAGACAACGAUUCCCACACCAAUUCAGACACCAAUACAGCCACAAAUACAGCCGAAACCUGUACUAGAAAUUCCGCUACAAAUUCAGAUACCGAUAUUACCGAUGCCGACUCCGAAACCACCAUUAGUUCAGUUACCGAUAGUUACUGAUGAACUACAAACAACAACAGCAACAGGAGCUACUCGACCAGCUUGUGUGAAGAAUGCCGAAGAGGCCGGCCGAUUGAUCGACGAAAUGUUGGACUCGAUGACCGACAACUGUCGUACAACAACAACAACUGGACGUAAACGUCGUGCCAGAGGCCAGUUGGCUGGACUGUCGUACUCGGAACGUAUGGACAUCAAACGUCAACGUAAUCGGGAUGCGGCCAAAAAGUGUCGCCAGAAAAAGUUGAACCGAAUACUGGAUCUGGAACAGGAGUGUCGGGAAUUGUCGGCCGAAAACGAACAGUUGACCGAAACUGUCGAAGAAAAACGUGUCCGACUCUAUCAGUUCAAGUUCGGUCUGUUUACCCAUCGGUACGAAAAUUGUUAUUUAGCACCCAUUAGAAAGUGAUUUGAUUUGAUUUGAUUGAUAUCUUCAGAUAUAUCACUACAAUAGCUGAUCCAUCCAUCAAUAUAUCCAUUGAUUUAAUUUAAAUUAAAUUAAUCAGAAAUUUUUCAAUAGUUUUUGUGAAAACAAAAAAAAAUAAUUAUUUUCUCUCUAAUAUAUUAACUCUACUUUAAUUGACUUAUUUUUGUUUGUUUA